GAGAGGGGAGUACAGUGCAUUGAAACCCAGGCCGUAAAGGUUACUUUCACGAAUCUUGCUCAACCCAACGACCUUUUCCACUCCCUCAUCUCGGGCUAAUUCGUCGCCCUUCGCUCGGUCAUCGCUUUUCAGUUACCCUUUAUUGAAUAAUAGAAUAUAACCGAGAUGACCUCUGCACCAGAAGAUCAGGGGCCUGAAGCCAUUUGCAUGGGCUGCACCAAUGUCAUUGAAGAAGGUUCUGUGGUUGCAUUUGGCGAAUCUCUAUUUCAUCUGGAAUGUUUUGUGUGUGCAAAAUGCUCCAGCCCUGUCGACUGUGAAUCAAAUUUGUUGUUGUUAACCGACGGUCGCCCCGUUUGUGAGAAUUGUUCGUACAACUGUCAUAUAUGCAAGCAGACCAUCCGAGAUGAAGCUAUCAUGACUGGCGAAGAGGCUUAUCAUGCCGAUUGUUUCAAAUGUAUUCUCUGUAAGAAGAAGAUAGAAGACUUGGUCUUUACUCAGACUACCAAGGGCAUAUUUUGUACAACUUGCCAUGAGCAACGGAAGCUAGACAAGCAGAAGCGAAAGGAAGAACGUCAACGAUUACAGCAAUCUAACAAACCACCAAGUCCAUCAGGAUAUGUAGAUAAAACAUUGCCAUCCUUGCCUGCAGACUAUCCCGGUGCGCGGGGCCAAUCUCGAAGAGAUCUGAUGCAGAAAGCUGGCAACCGUCAUGCAAGCAGAAUGUUUGAUGUUCAAGUGGUGAAUGAUUAUAUGGCAUCUAUCUCACCAUCAGGAGGAGCCAGUAAGAGUCAAGGUCGUAAUCCAUUGGAUACUCGACCGCGCAAUGAGAGCCUGGAUAUACCACGUCGUCGCUACAAUGAACCCUAUGAACCUCGCCGCCCGUCUCCUCCCUUACGCUCCAACAGCGAACCCUCCGAUUCUCAAUUUCUUUCCACUAGCCCCGAUCCAAUGCCUAGUAAAACGGAUCCACUUCCUACCCAACUAGCCGGUAUAUCCGACACUUCAAGUUUAUUAUCAUCCAUACUUAUAACAAACAAUUCUAGUACAUCUUUAUUGGACUCUUCUCCUGAAACCACACCAACUUCAAGCUUUAUCGGCUCAUCCGUUAAAUCGGAUGAAAAAUCGACCAUGGAAAACCUUUCCCUAGAAAUUCCUCCCAUGAACUUUUCCUUCUUCGAAACAGAGUCAGACGAACUCGCUAAUCUAACCAAAUUACUUGGCACCAGUAUUCAGUUAAAUGCUAAUGACGAAACAUCCAACUCAGAAACCGAUACCUUCCACCAUGACCAUAAACCACCCACUCCACCACCUGCUUCAUCCGACCGCAUUUCCACCGACUUUACCAACUUCCCUCAACCUCCUGUGAGCGUCCCAAGAAAGAGUAGCAAUGCUUCGUUGCUCUCUUCUGUCAGUUCAGAAGUGGAUUCUCAGACCUUGCGGGCACAGCUUAAAGCAAGCAACGCCAAAUUAGUUGAGACGGAGAACAACCUCAACAAGAUCAAGACUGUAAGCAGACGCGCUCUUGACGAGUUCACAAGGGCAAAGGAGGAGUUUGCAAAGGAAGUAGCAGCACGCCAACAAACAGAAGUGGCCAAUCGACAACUUCGCGCACAGCUUGCGGCAUUCCAGCAAGCCAGUAUCCUUGGAUCCGAUAGCUUUUUAAAGGCUGCCAGAGAAGAAAUCAUGCGAUUAAGCAACCUUAGAGGCGAACUGGAAAAAUCAUGCAACGAUCUCAAGGCUUAUCGUGAAUCUGUUAGUGCUGAUUUGGAUGAUAUGGUGAAGAAGAAGCAAGCCGGCUUGCUCAGUUCUGCAAACCCUAUCUUACAUCUAGAGCGAAAGCAGCAGGCCCUGUUUGCAGCUAUCAAAUCAAUGACAGCUGAGCGAGAUGUCAUACUAAAGGAAACUCAAAGAUUAGAGAAGACUCGCGAUGAAGUUAUCAACGAAAUGGUCAUGUUGAACACCAAAAACGCAGAAUUGACCAGCUUGAACAACGAUUUAUCGAGACGAGUGACUGAGCGGGAACGUGAAGCGGCUGCGGUGAUGGCCGGCACGUCGUUCCUUGGACCCCAACUCACACCUUCCAAAUCAAACGAUGGGUUAAAUUCAUCCACGUCUCCUCCACGACGAAAGUCCUCUGAUUCGCACACCCACGCAGGUGCCGUACGACGAAUCGUCCAACGAGAUAGUUUCAAUGGCACUCAGGCGCCUAAAAUGUUCCGCCUCAAGCGAGCCAAAGAGGAUGCCGGCAAAAUGUUUGGUAAACUUGCUGGAAGUGGAAAAGGCGGGAAGUACGAUCCAUCAUCGACUGGUAUCUACAACGGCCUCAAUGGUGCUAGUAGCAGCAGUGUAAAUUUAGUCCCCCAACAUCAACCUCGCAAAGAUUCACGUAACCCGCAGAGGAGCCAAGAAUCGUCUCUGCAGUCCUUAGCCCAAGGAUCUCAUACCUUCCAACAGACCUCCUUCCUCCGACCUGUCAAGUGCGAUGUCUGCUGUGAAAAAAUGUGGGGGUUGAAUGAAAUGCGAUGCCAAGCUUGCGGAUUCCUGACCCAUAUGAAGUGCAUCAGUCAUGUUCCACAGUAUUGUCUAGGACUGCAUACUAAUGGCGAAGGCGCCAGCGGAGGUGACAACGAUGCAGCUUAUGCUAAAGGAGGUUCCCUAUUUGGCAACGAUCUAACCAAGCAGGUGGAGGCUGAAGGUCGAACUAUUCCAUUACUGGUGGAUCGAUGUAUCGCUGCUGUGGAGCUUCGUGGCAUGGACUAUGAAGGAAUCUAUCGUAAAUCAGGCGGUGCUGCUCAAAUGAGAUCCAUACAGUUAUCGUUUGAGCAAGGUCUCGAUCCUGAUUUGACUGAUGACGACGAAUACAAUGAUAUUUGCGCGGUCACCAGUAUUCUCAAGCAAUACCUUCGAGAAUUGCCCAACCCGCUCAUGACUUAUGAAUUAUAUCCGCAAUUUUUGGAAUCCAUUAGUAUGGCACCGGGCGAAGAGAAAGCGCAAAAGUUCAGUUCACUGUUUUCGCAACUACCUACUGCAAAUUACGAUACCCUCAAGGCUUUAUUCACGCAUUUGAACAACGUAAGAGAGCAAUCGGAUGAAAAUCUAAUGACCGCAAAGAAUCUGGCGGUCGUAUUUGGACCUACCUUGUUGCGAGACCAGGAUUCAUCUCGCGAUCUUUUGGAUAUGAAUGCCAAAAACGCCACUGUGGAAUACAUCAUUUCAAACACUACAACACUCUUCUCCAGUCAAGAGGAUUCAUCGUAGACACAUAAAAAUGGUAUCGCGACUGCCACCAGAGCAGACACCGAGGUCUCAUUUCUUUAAAUUCUUUUACCAUCCCACCCCCACACACUCACUACGAACUGCAAUGCCAAUUGUUUUCUUAUUGUAAACUGCCGUUCUUUACAUUCCUUCCCAUCACUUCUCAUUGGUUAUCAAAGUCAUU